GGCUAGCAUGCCAAUUAACAUGUGUAUAACCACAUUUCCUUUCACCAUGUUGAACACUGACAUAAUUUUUUUUUUUGUCAAACACCUCAUUCUGGAGAAGGAAAUGAUUUUUUUAAAUUAAAAUAAACAUACAUUGGAAAUAAUGCUAAAAUAAGCCUGAAGGAAAGGUUAGAAGUAUGAUGAGUCAGAAAACUGUAAAGAACCAGUUACUUAACAUAAAACACUCUUAAAGAUAAGCUGCAAAAAGUAAGGUCUGCUGGGUAGGAAAGUGGCGAACGCAGUGAAGCAUGUCUUUAGAUCAUGCAGGUCUGUAAACAACGGUGAGUCUAGCAAAAGUUAUUUUCUGCUUUUGGGGAGAAACUUCUGCUUAUUAAAAAAAUCAAAAAUAUUUAAACUUCUUGAGCACCAAGUUCAAUUAUUCUAAAUCUUAAAACCACAGUUUUAAUUUUGCUUUUUUGUUAGUUUUUGUACUUUGGAGUAUUUGUCUACAUUAUCUUUUCAUAUUUGCCAUAUUUAGAGUCCAAACUAAAAGCACAUUAUUUUCUCUCCUCAAGUUAAAUGGCUCUACCUUUCUCUUUAAAAUCCAUUAAGAGAGUAAAACUUCUAAAGCAAGUCAAAAAAAAAAAAAAAAAAAAAGCCCUGAAAAUGUGGAGCUUUUCUGGCAGUAAUGCAACUUCUGCAAGUAUUGCAGACCAGAUCAGGUAUCAGAAUUUUAAAGCUUCAGUAACAAAGCCACCCUAUUGACCCUGAGGGGAUUUAUGAAAUCACUUUCCUGAUGUUUUUGAAACCAAAACACUUUCCUGGACACAGAAUUCAGUCCUAAAGAAAGGGCCUCCAACCAACAGCCGUCUUGGACUGAAUGAGUUAGACUCAACCUCGUGUGACGGAAAAAUAGUAAACACAGCUAACAUUUAAAAGGAAUUGAUGGCACCAUGUAAAUCAGAAGCCCAAGGAGGGCCUGGCUUGAGGUAUGGGGUUCUCUCUCACUCUCUCAAAUCCACAUCCUCCGGAUUAGGUUCAUUUUCAGACAAGCUCCUCCAGCAACUGCAUACCAUACAUCUUCUCAGGUGUGGGUCCUGCAGGAAAACUACUACACGCUUUCUCCAUAAGUCUCAAAAUAAACUCUCACUGGCUCUGGUUGGAACAUGAGACCAUCCUUGCCAUGCACCAUAGCCCCAGUCACUGAACAUCUUCACGCCCUGGACUAGUAAUAGAGCCCAUCCCAAAGCACCUGGACUGAGAAUGGGAAAUGAGUGGUUCCCAGAGUGAAACCGAGGUACUAUUACCAAAUGAAGAUACACCAAAAUGAAGACUGCCACCAACAUUUACAUUUUCAACCUUGCUCUGGCAGAUGCCUUAGUCACCAGUACCCUCCCCUUCCAGAGUGUGAAUUACCUAAUGGGAACAUGGCCAUUUGGAACCAUCCUUUGCAAGAUCGUGAUCUCCAUAGAUUACUAUAAUAUGUUCACCAGCAUAUUCACCCUCUGCACCAUGAGUGUUGAUCGAUACAUUGCAGUCUGCCACCCCGUCAAGGCCUUAGAUUUCCGUACUCCCCGAAAUGCCAAAAUUAUCAAUGUCUGCAACUGGAUCCUCUCUUCAGCCAUUGGUCUUCCUGUAAUGUUCAUGGCUACAACAAAAUACAGGCAAGGUUCCAUCGAUUGUACACUAACAUUCUCUCAUCCAAGCUGGUACUGGGAAAACCUGCUGAAGAUCUGUGUUUUCAUCUUUGCCUUCAUCAUGCCUGUGCUCAUCAUUACCGUGUGCUACGGACUGAUGAUCUUACGCCUCAAGAGUGUCCGCAUGCUCUCUGGCUCCAAAGAAAAGGACAGGAAUCUUCGAAGGAUCACCAGGAUGGUGCUGGUGGUGGUGGCUGUGUUCAUCAUCUGCUGGACUCCCAUUCACAUUUACGUCAUCAUUAAAGCCUUAGUUACAAUCCCGGAAACUACGUUCCAGACUGUUUCUUGGCACUUCUGCAUUGCUCUAGGUUACACAAACAGCUGCCUCAACCCAGUCCUUUAUGCAUUUCUGGAUGAAAACUUCAAACGAUGCUUCAGAGAGUUCUGUAUCCCAACCUCUUCCAACAUCGAGCAACAAAACUCCACUCGAAUUCGUCAGAACACUAGAGACCACCCCUCCACGGCCAAUACAGUGGAUAGAACUAAUCAUCAGCUUGAAAAUCUGGAAGCAGAAACUUCUCCGUUGCCCUAACAGGAUUUCAUGCCAUUUCGACCUUCACCAAGCUUAGCAGCCACCAUGUGUGUGGAAGCAGGUUGCUUCAAGAAUGCGUAGGAUGCUCUAAUUCUCUAGGAAAGUGCCUGCUUUUAGGUCAUCCAACCUCUUUCCUCUCUGGCCACUCUGCUCUGCACAUUAGAGGGACAGCCAAAGUAAGUGGAGCAUUUGGAAGGAAAGGAGUAUACCACACUGAGGAGUCCAGUUUGUGCAAGACACUCAAUGG